AUCGCGUCCCUUCCGCCCCUUUCCACCGGCAUUCAAUCGUGAAGCGAAUUGACUGUUGCAGGCUCGGGGACCCAGAAGAUAGAAAACCUAAGGAGAGCGGACACAAACUAAGGGAGUUUACGACAGCACGGAGUGGAGGGAGCCACGGGAGCGUGGCAGGAGGGACGACCUAGCAAAUCCAACCGACACUGCACGCAGAAAUGGCGGAGCACCACGCAGCCAGCGACGGCAAGCACAAAGCGUCCACCAAUGCCGGCGGCUCGGUGCACGGGAACAGCCGACCCGGCGCCGCGGGUGGAGGAGGAGGGGGCAAAGUAGGCCUGUCUGGUGGACUGACACAACCGGCAGGGUGGCAGUCUUUACUGUCGUUUAGCAUUCUUUUCCUGGCCUGCCUGGCCGGAUUCAGCUCAAGACUUUUCGCGGUGAUCCGGUUCGAGAGCAUCAUCCACGAGUUUGAUCCAUGGUUCAAUUACAGAUCAACGCACCAUCUCACCACAAAUGGCUUCUACGAGUUCCUCAACUGGUUUGAUGAAAGGGCUUGGUACCCCUUGGGCAGGAUCGUUGGUGGCACAGUCUACCCAGGGUUAAUGGUGACUGCGGGCCUCAUCCACUACGUGCUCAACCUGCUCCACAUCAGCGUCCACAUCCGUGACGUAUGUGUCUUUUUGGCGCCGGUGUUCAGCGGCCUGACAGCCAUCUCCACCUUCCUGCUGACGCGGGAGCUGUGGAACCAGGGUGCAGGGCUGCUGGCGGCCUGCUUCAUAGCCAUCGUCCCUGGCUAUAUCUCCCGCUCCGUCGCAGGCUCUUUCGACAAUGAGGGCAUCGCAAUCUUCGCCCUGCAAUUCACCUACUACCUCUGGGUGAAGUCAGUGAAGACGGGAUCUGUAUUCUGGGCCAUUGGCUGUUGUCUCUCCUAUUUCUACAUGGUGUCAGCAUGGGGAGGCUAUGUGUUUAUUAUCAACCUGAUUCCUCUGCAUGUGUUUGUGCUGAUGCUGAUGCAACGCUACAGCAGAAGACUCUACAUCGCUUACAGCACUUUCUACAUUGUGGGUCUCGUACUGUCGAUGCAGAUCCCUUUUGUCGGCUUCCAGCCAAUCAGGACCAGCGAGCACAUGGCUGCUGCCGGUGUGUUUGCACUUCUCCAAGCGUAUGCCUUCCUGCAGUACCUGAAAGACAGGCUGACCAGACAAGAGUUUCAAACACUUUUCCUCCUCGGAGUCUCUCUUGCUGCCGGCGUGGUCUUCCUCACCGUGAUCUAUCUCACAUACACAGGAUACAUUGCUCCGUGGAGUGGUCGCUUCUACUCUCUCUGGGACACCGGCUAUGCCAAGAUCCACAUCCCCAUCAUAGCAUCGGUGUCGGAGCACCAGCCGACAACGUGGGUCUCCUUCUUCUUUGACCUCCACAUCCUGGUCUGCACGUUCCCAGCAGGCCUGUGGUUCUGUAUCAAGAACAUCAAUGAUGAGCGAGUGUUUGUGGCCUUGUACGCCAUCAGCGCGGUCUAUUUUGCCGGUGUGAUGGUGCGUCUGAUGCUGACACUGACUCCGGUGGUGUGCAUGCUGUCUGCGGUGGCUUUCUCCAGCGUCUUUGAGCAUUACAUGGGAGACGACACAAAGAGGGAGAAACCACCCGCUGAAGACAGCAGCGACGAGGACGACAAGAGGAAUUCUGGGAAUCUUUAUGACAAGGCUGGUAAGGUGCGCAAACAUGUGUCAGAGCAGGAGAAGGCAGAGGAGGGUCUGGGUCCAAACAUCAAGUCCAUCGUCACCAUGCUCAUGCUGAUGCUGCUGAUGAUGUUCGCCGUCCACUGCACCUGGGUCACCAGCAACGCUUACUCCAGUCCGAGUGUGGUGCUCGCCUCGUACAACAACGACGGGACCCGUAACAUCCUGGAUGACUUCAGGGAGGCCUACUACUGGCUGAGACAGAAUACAGAAGAGCAUGUGCGCGUCAUGUCGUGGUGGGACUACGGAUACCAGAUAGCAGGCAUGGCCAACAGGACCACGCUAGUAGAUAACAACACGUGGAACAACAGUCACAUAGCACUGGUGGGGAAAGCCAUGUCUUCCAACGAGAGCGCAGCGUACCAAAUCAUGAGGUCGCUGGAUGUGGACUACGUGCUGAUCAUCUUCGGAGGUGUAAUCGGCUACUCAGGAGACGAUAUAAACAAGUUCCUGUGGAUGGUGAGGAUAGCAGAAGGAGAGCACCCCAAGGACAUCAGGGAGAGCGACUACUUCACGCCUCAGGGAGAGUUCAGAGUGGACAAGGCCGGUUCACCAACUCUUCUCAACUGCCUCAUGUACAAGAUGUCCUAUUACCGGUUUGGUGAAAUGCAGCUGGACUUCCGAACGCCUCCUGGCUUCGACCGAACACGCAACGCCGAGAUCGGCAACAAGGAUAUCACGUUUAAGCACCUGGAGGAGGCCUUCACCUCGGAGCACUGGCUGGUGAGGAUCUACAAGGUCAAGAACCUGGACAACAGGGAGCCGCUGGACCACAAGCUUCGCACUGUAGUGCCCAAGCAGAAGUACACCUCCAAAAAGACUGCCAAGAGGAAGCGAGGACACAUCAAGAACAAGCUUGCCCUGAGAAAAGGCAAGAAACUACAAAAAAAAUAAUGGUGACGAUGAACUCUUCUAGGAAAACGAACAAACAACUGCAAAGAAACCUCCAACAACCAAUGAAGAAGAACACAGGGGCCAUUUAUCUGGCACUUGGUCUCCGGCGCUUCUCAUCAGAGCGCCCCCAUGUGUUGAGGAAGUGUAAUUUCUGGCUAGCUCCAGAAUUGUUGUCCGUUUUAUCCUGAGGAUCUUUGUCUUGCUUAUUUUCUCCUGUUUUUUGUUGUUGUUUUUUUUCCCUCUUUCUCUCUUUUUUUUUACUUUGUACUUGAAUGUGUGGCGAGGCAUAGGGCUGCUCUGCUUGGUUCGGCGUCGAUUAAUUUUUUUGUGGUAUGUUUAAUUAACUGCUUAUCAGUGCGGGGAUCGGGGGUGUGAGGAGGUGAAGGGGGAAACGAGAGAAGACUGGGAAAAUUUGCACCAAAGACCCAUCGACCUUGCUCCAUGGCACAUGUGAACUCAUUACUGAGAGUGAGGAAGCGCAGGAGUGAAAGCUGAGGACUUGUUCCUGACACGUGUACAGAGGACCGUAUGCGGUAUGGAGGAACGUCACCGUCUAGGCACAGCCCAUCUGUAAUAUUAACCUUUUUAUCAUCAUCCUCUCCUUUAUGUCUGCCUGGCUCCCUGACCUUCUUUCUCCACAAAUUCUUUAGAAAAACAAAUUGGCCUAAUAUGUAAAUAUGUUAUGUAAAGAAUAAGUCUAAAAAGGAUGAUAAUAUAUUGGAUUAUUGUGGUGGUUUUUAAAUAUGCAGUUGUCAGUUUUUCUCUUAAGUUCUUUAUGUGAUUGUUUUGUUCAUUUCUUUUUGUUUUGUAUGACAGCAAAUAGAACAGUGAAUGCAAUAAUUCUUGUAUAAAGGGGCUUGAGAUUUUGUUGGAAGAAUGAAUGUGAAUUUUUACAAUGUUCCCCUUCACAUCCCCUUUUUUUUCAUAAAUUGCAUAGAUUGUACAUUUCUGCUGCUAGGGUUUUUAAAGACUGAAGCAAGCAACUGUGUGUAAAAAGUAGUGAUAAUGAAUUAGGCCUCCCUUCCUGCAGAGGGAGCGCUCUAGUUUAGCGUGCAAAGCCUAGUGCCUCAUCGCUGGUCACCUUCACCUCGGUAAUUUGUGACCGUCAUCUCUGUUAGCGUUUUGUUCAGCUCAUCGUGUCUCAAUGCGGCCGAUUGAGUGCUUCGACCAGACUGAGGCAUUGGAAACUGGGAUUUUUAGGAUGUCUGGAAAUAGACUGGUGAACUGUGAAGUUAGUACACAGGCACUGAAACUGAGACUAGAAAAGACGACUAAGGUCAGGAGAGGUAGAAACUUCCGUCACGGUCUGUGACUACGGUGCAUCGUUAUUGUACUUUAGAGCUGUGUCCUAAUUCCAUACUGCAACUCUAAAAUGAUAUCAAGUAUGUAGUUAAUUAACCACUAUUCUCAAAUAUGUCAGUAAACAUUACGGCUGCAACUAAGGAUUGUUUUCAUCUUCAUCCGCUGAUUGUUUUCUCAAUUUGUUUUUUUUGUCUAUAACAUGUCAGUUUCCCAGAGCCCAAGGCGACUUCUUCAAAUGUCAUUGUGUCCGACCAACCGUCCAAAAUUCCUAAAUAUUACAUUCAAACCAACAGAAAAUUAGCUAGAACAAGCACAUGGGUAGCAUUUUUUUGCUUGAAAAAUGACUGACUCAACAAAUCGAACCCCACUUUAUUUUGUGAACUUGUGAGGGACUUUGAGCUUUAAAAGCAGCCGCGGCAGAGAUCAUCCUUAACCUUUAGUCCAUAGUGUGAGUCAAGCUCCAAAAACACUGGAUCCUACAUUUCCCAUGAUGCACAUCAAAAGCAUCUUACAAUUAGACCCCCCCCCCCCCCCAUAUCAGGCAUACGCCCACGUCUUUGAAACUCCGCACCCCCAGUUUGUAACACAGGUUUUCUGUACAAAACAAUAAAUGAUUAUGAUGAACCUUGAUUAUACCGUCGUUAUAUUACAAUUUCUUAAUGUGUAAAUUUGGUGGAGUGGACCUUUUUAAUUUUCUGUUGAUCAACUAAUUAUUUAAAUUCUAGUAAGCAUACUAGAUGUGAUGCAUACAAAAGUGACCAAUACUGUAGUUAGUAUAUACUUUAUAAUAUUAGUAUCUAGUAGUACUGCAAACCAUUCUUUUUGUUAUUGAUUGACAUAUCUGAUAUUUAGUUUAAUAUAGAAGAAAAUACCUUGAGUAGUUAACGGUUAAUAGUAUAAAGUUGGGACACAGCGCUAACGAGCCGUAACCUUUGACCUCUUGUUCUAUGGGCACUGCACUGUUCUUUGUGCGUCUGGGUUCUCCAGCUGUAUGUGCACGCUUCAGUAACGUUUUCAUUUUUUAGUGACACAUCAAAAAGACUAACACAUCAUACAGCUGUACUUGUUCUGUCACAUCUCACAGAAAAGUGACUUAUUAGUAUAAGCUGUUUUCUUUUUACUUUACACAAAAAAAAAUUGUCUGAAUUGCUUUGUUCUUUAUUUCCUUGAUCUUCUCUGAAACUUUGUCACCAUUUCAGACUUCAGACCGUCGACACAAUGCCACAUUGUUGUUAUUCAGUCACACAAACGCCUAAAACUGAGUCAUGUCCUUCUGAUUUCUCAUUUGUCAAGAGAGGAGAGAGUUCAGACCAAGCCUUAAUGUGAUUAAAGUUUGUUGCCCUCUU